CACACUCAAUUCAGUCGACGACAUCAUACCAAACCAGAAAGAAGUGGUGCAUGAAUUUGCCUGCAACAUUUCUCGUUCAGGUAUCAUGAAGUGCGGUUCGUUGUAUUCUUGAUUGAGAAUUUGUCAGUUGUAAUAAGUUUAGAAUUGCAAGGAAUUUUUAAUUAAAAUAACUUCAAACUUGAAAGGUGUCUUUUUGUGAUGUUCACUCGUUCUUAAAUAAAAAAGACUGAAAUGAAAUGCGGAUAUAAAGAAACACGAGAAACGAAAUAAAGAAAAUCAACACUUUACGGUGCGCACAUCGCCCGUUGUUUGUUAAACAAGACAACCGAAACAAAUGGAGGCAGACGUUUUAAAUGCAUUACAAAGUCAAUCAGCUUAUCUGCCAGGCGGUCGUGAUCGAGAUGAACGACUACUGAUGCUAAUACCCGUUCCGAACGAACUGCAACCGUGGACAAAACAAAAUUUAGAUUUGUCAAUCAAGUUUUUAUUAUCCAUACUGAGCAAUGACAGUCUUAGUGGAGGACUCGUUGUGGUUAUCGAUGGCCAAAAAUGUUCAUGGCGUAUGGCAAGAUUGGUUAUACGGCAUGUAACAGCGUUAAUUGGCGAGAGUCUAUCCAACGUUAUUGUUGUUCGGCCAGACGCAUUUUGGGAUAAACAGCAUGUGGAAAACUGUGCGAAGACGCAAAAGAAAGGAGAGCCAAUCACAAUACCGAAAAGUCGCUUGUUCAAACAUUUUGAAUUAUCUGAACUUCCAGAAGAACUAGGUGGGACACUGGCUUAUAAUCAUGAACAAUGGCUAUGCAAUCGUAUUCGCAUAGAAGAAUUUAAAAAGUGCUUUGAUAAAGCAAUCAAUGACCUAGAAAAUUUGCAUGUUAUUUUGCUCGACAAUAAGUCUAUCCGAGCCAAUGAAACCGAUCAAGCGAUGAAAUAUUGCACCAAAAUGAAUGAUGAUGUGCAAAAAGCAAUUCGAUCAGUAAUUGAUAAUGGAAACAAAUUGGUAUCCGAACUCACCGACUCAAUAAGCAAGGACUAUUGCGUUUCCCAAGAUAUAAUCGACUCUCGCGAAUCGAUUAAAGUGUUGCUCAACGAUCUGGAGAAGAAGCAAACGACGAUAACGGUUGCGUGGUCCGAUCUGGAGAAAAGUAUCGAGGAUGUAAAGGAUCUGGCUGCUUUGGAAGAGGGAAUCUCAUUUGUGACCAAUUGGAUAUUGGGAGUGGCUGAACAGUUGCUUAGCGCUCAGAGUAAAAUUGGAUGUGAUGUGCAGACGUGCGACACACUUCGACGUGACCAUGAAAUUCUGGAGAUGCGAUGCUCGGAAACGUAUGGAUUUUAUGCGGAAUUAUUGCACAAAAUCAAUGACCUGCCGUUAUUGGUCGACUCGUUUGCCCAUAGGGAUAUUAUGUCUCAGAAAGAUUUUAUGGAUUUUGUUUGUCGUAGUUUUGCUACACGGCUUGAACGACGGCGCAAUAUUUUGAUAUCGUCGCAACGAUUUUAUCGGAUGGUUGCUGAGUACUUUGAUAAAACGAGUGCUGUGUUUGAGUCUCUUGUGAUGGGUAACAAAAUCGAUGACUUCGAAGGAGCUGAAUUGAAUUUGAAUAAACUGAAGGAGAACCAAGUGACACUAGAUAACAUUGAAAGAGAGCUGGAAAAAGAAGGUGAAAAGCUGAGCGAUAUUUUGACAAUGCCCGUUAAAGAUGCCCUCGGACGUGAUGUUGGCGUCGAUUACACAGACGAUAUAUCGACCAUACGAGACAUACUUGAUGCAACGAUCGCCCGUCGCAACAUAUUUAUAGACAGUGUUGAACUACAGAAACUUACGCUGGAGCAAGUGGCUCAUAUCCAUUCCUACGAAAAAGAUGCUGCGAUCUCAAUUAAUUGGAUAAACGACCUCUACAACGUCAUGAUGAAAUCGCAUAUCCAUGUCGGUUGCAAUGUGUACGAAAUUCAGUUGCAAAAGGAAGAGCUGCAGUCACUUCAGGAAACGGCGAAGAGCACGUACAACUACGGCUGCCAGCUAUUGGAUGCCUCACUCGCUUUACGCCAAUCGUGCAAACUGUCUGUGGAAGCAAACCGGAAAUCGCUCAAAGAUCUCAACGAUCUGUGGAACAGCUUAAUAAACAUCAGUCAAGAACAGAUGACUAGACUCCGUGUAUCGGCCGUGUUUCAUCGGAGCAUUGAGGAACAUUGUAGCAAAUUGCAAGACCUGAAAUUGACAGUAACCCAAGUGUCAGAUAUUGAUGACGACGAAAGGCGUCGGGGGCGUCUGAAGAAGUAUUUAGCAAGCAGAGAACGUUUGUUGCUUGAAGUGGGUAGAAUGGUACGACUGGGACGGUUGUUAAAGACACGUUUAAAGGAACCGUUUUUGAUGGAUGCGGACAAACCGGAUGGAAUGGCUGAAUCCGAUUCCGGUAGCAUAACUCCAACAUCUGGUAAUUACAUUGCAUGCGAAUCGAUCACAAACAAACUAGCCGAUGUGGCUAAGGUUGCCGAAUCUCUCGACGCAAUUCUGAAAGAUUUACAAAAUUGUUUGGAUCUCGAAGAGCCAUGCUCCAGUUCCGAAGAAAAGUCAAAGUCGGAUCGUGUCAGUAACAGAAAUGAUGGAAGUAGUGCAGAUGAAUGGAACUCCAGUCUUAAAUCUACUGAAGACGAAUCAUUUGUGACAGCAUCAGAUUUCCGCUUUACUCCGCAAUCAACUCGAUCCUCCUAUCGUACUGCUUCCGAAGGUGGGUCGCCAUGGUGGAACAAUGACAAAACGUCAUUGGACACAUCCGGCUCAGAUAUGGACCCUGAAGUGCCAACCAUGCAACUUCUGACCGGAGUUGUCUCAUCGGCCAGUGUAUCGUUUGAUGACUCUGAACACAGUUUCUUAUCGGCACUUCGGUCGCCCUUGCACAGCGAACAAACCGAUUCCGAUGAACUCACAAUGAACAAAGCCAAAUCGUCACGGUCGAGCUUAUUGAAAUCGCCCGCUACAUCGAGUCAAACGUACAGGGAUUUUCACAAUGCAUCGACAUCGUCUAAGAGCGGUGACACCUAUCACAUCAAAGUCGUCGAAAUAGACCCAAAACUAACAUUUCUUGGAUCCAACAUAGAAGAAGCUGUGCUGUUACAGAAGCAACACGAUGAAGUAUUUAAACAGUUACAGAACAAAAAUUCGCCCAUUGACGAAUUCGUACCGAAGGCCGAACGACUUCUCCAGCAAAACCAAGCUCGACCAGAAGUUCUUGAUGCAAUGGGACAAUCAUUAUCGCUAGCUUGGGCUGAUGUGCUGAAGUUGCUGCAACAGAAGAAGCACAUCCUAGACUUAAAUGUAAAUUUCCACGAAAAACUUGGCAUCUGCAAAGGAAAGAUGUCGGCCCUAGAGGUGGCGUGUCGGGACACAAUGAUACCAAUUGAAAUCGAAUCGGUACAAGAGUUUCUGAAUAAAUUCAAACAACUUCGAAUUGAGGUGCUGGCCUCAGUUAUGGUAGCUCUGAAAGAAGGCAAUGAGCUGCUGGCUAAUUUGAGAGAAUUGGCACAUACCGGAACGGUAGACUCACGACCAGAUCAUAUAAAGUACGAAGUGAAAAAGUCGAUACAUCAGGUCGAAAAAUGGUUAGAGGAAUUGCACGACCGUAGAAAUAUCUUGGAAUCAGCUUGGCAAACGAGAAAAAUUCAGUUGGAACAAUGUCUGGCAUUGGCGAUUUUCGCCAAGGAACUGGGUGAUGUGGAAACGGUUUUGAAAAACCGUAAAAAUGAAUUGAGUAGCAUGCCAAAUCUAGGUGAUUCUGAGUCGUCCGCCAUCCACCUGCUUCAAGACUACAUUGCACUGAAACAGGAUGCUGUAAGUUUACGUGACAAAGCAUUGAAGAUUACAAGAGCAACGGAGAAAUUGGUAACAACGGGUUGCUUUGCUGGCGAUGAAGCUUGCAGUAGAGCAUACAGCGUGUUGAAUGGCUGUGUUGAGUAUUUAGAUUCGAUUGAACAGAUUGAGAGCUUAUUGGUCCAGUCGAAGGAGUUCUUUGCCAAAGCAGAAAAAGCCUUGUCAGUAUUAGAAAAACUGGAAAUUGAGGUGUCAACAUCAAAACAUGCCGACGGAUCCAGUGAAGCCAUCAACAUUCAUGCAAAAGUGUUAGACGAAAUAGUUGGACUUACGGAAGAGCCACUUCGUUUGGGCUAUGCAAUUUUGGCAGAAAUCGGUCGGUCGAAUGCUAAUGUAUCCGGAAUCGAAAGGGUCAUAGAGGACAUUGAGAAUCGAAAGAUUUAUUUGGAAGAAAUUUGCACAAUAAACAGCGAGCAUAGUCUUAAAGUGUCGGAAUCGUUGAACGCGUUCCUGGAGAAACAUAACAAAAUUCUGUCCUGGCUGGUAUCAAUCGCUGAAGCUUCUUUGCGCAAUAGUAAUAGUAUGGGGACUUCGCUACCUGAAUGUAAUGACUUUCUCAAAGUCCAUCAUCAACUUUUGUCUGAUUUGGAGGCAAGAGGAAACGAAAUUAACAAUCAGCUAUUAACAGUAACUCAAAUCCUAAACGAAAUCGAAGACGAUCAACGAAAAGAUAUUGACCAGAAGGUCGACGCAAUUCACACCCAUUGGAUAGAAUUGAAAAAUAUCGUGGAAAAUCGUGUGGAUUUGGUGUCGAUACUAAUUCAGUUCUUGAAAUUGGCAGACAGCUUGUCGAAUAUGUUUAACUAUUUGGAAAAUGUUCUGAAAAGUGUUCCCGAGGAGGAAAAGAUGAACCAGUUGAAUAACAUAUGGAGUAAGGUGCAACCGGCCUAUGCCCAGUUGAAAAGUGAAGGGGAACGUUUCAUAGACGAAACGUCUAAGGUCGCGGACCCAUAUCUUGAGACGAAAAGUGCAUGUCGUCGCGUUGAGGAAAUACUAAACGAUUUUCGUGGUCGACAAUUCAAUAUAACCGAGAGCUGGGAAAGCUGGACCACUCGUUUGGUUGAGCAACGAGAGACUGAGUUACUCUAUGAAACCAUCAUGACCGAAAAUACUAACAAAAUUAAUGCUGCAACAAAACUGGACGCUCAAUUGUAUCCCGUAUUAACGACACCAUCCGAUGAACCGGCUACAAUAAAACAGUUUGUGAGUGAUAAACUCAGUGGAGUUCUAUCAGAAAUCGCUAAGGCCUCAAACGAAAUCGAUAAUCGCAUUCACACAACAUCAACACUGCAACCCAAAGACGAAGAAACGCGCGACAAAGUGAAACAAGUGAUAAGAAAUUUGUAUGGAAUCAAAGACAAACUAUCGGCGAUAAGCUCCAACUAUCGCAUGUUGUUGGAAUCGUUAAUUUCGUUUUUGGGUAACAUUGUCAAUACACAAACCGAAAUAGAAACCUAUUUCCGUAACAAAUCACAACAGUCUGUCAAUCACGAUGGUAACGUUGACGCGGUGCUUUCCGAUCAUGAACGGUUUAAGGAUCGAAUAAUGCAACAGUUUCGGGAGUUGAUUGCGGAAAGUGAACGAAUCAUCGACGUUGUACGCGAUCAAGAGCCUGACGGUGCGAAGGAACAUGAUGCGGAUAGAAUAAUCAGACUGUUAGAACAGUUACGUGUUGUGUUUGAGAUGCAGAGUGAUGGUAGAAGUAGUGAGUUGACUGAGAAGAAGAAACAGAGUGUUAUAAUGAAGUUUAACAAAGAACUCAACGAAAUUCAUCAAAAUUUGGAUGAUAUUACGAAACAGUUGAAUGAUACUCAAGGACAAUAUGGUGAAACUACUGCUUCUGCUCGGACUAUAGCUCUCGGGUUCGAGUACUUCGAACGGACCAUACAGCUCAUGGAAAAACGAAUCGACAAUUUCAUUCACACAUCGGAAAGUAUUAGCAAAACAUAUCCGGAUAUUGGACGAUUUGUUGAUGAUGAAGUGCAGAAAUUGAGACAACGGUGGGAUGAUAUUCGUACGCGCACGCAAAAUACACGCAGGACGAUAGAUUUGGCUAACGAAUAUUUUGAAUUGGCUGAUGGUAUUGAACAGACGUACCGGGACCACAACAACAAUCUUCAAAAUAUCACCAACCAAAUAAUUCACAUCAAAACUUACAACGAAGCAAAGAGUCUCACCACCACCAUCGACAACUACAUUACAAACAAUGAAGCCCAGCAAUUGGACCGACUCAAAUCUCUAUCCAAUUUGUCCAACAAAAUCUACGGAUUCGAUAAGACCGUCCCCAUGUACACCGACAACAUCUCGUUGUUCCAGUCGUUCUUCAAACUAAAGUCUGAUUUGAGCACGCUUGCCGAUCAAUUCAAAUCCGAAGAAGCAGCCAGACAACAAAAUUCCAAAGAUGAAGUCGACAAACGUGUGGUGGAGGUUCAAUUCAACCGGCAAGAAAUGGUUCCCGCAUUGAGUGAAACGAAAUAUGAACAUCCAGUGUUCACACAACCGUUGUGCGACGCAACGAUUCAGGAAGGUGACAAAAUCAUACUGCAAUGUGUGGCGAAAGGUUAUCCCGAACCGUCUAUCGAAUGGUUCAAAGAUCAAUUGUCUAUUCAGCACAAUCCGGACUAUCACCGCAAGUAUGAGAAUGGCCUGUGCACCUUAUCCAUCGAGGAAACUUUUGCUGAGGAUUCGGCCCGGUUCAGUUGCAAGGCAUCAAACUGUGUUGGUGCUACCGAAACGACAUGCAUGUUGACUGUUAAGGAAGCGCAACUGGAUGAGAUGUUGGUGCCACCGAAUUUUGUGAAAUUUUUGGAAAAUGGUUUCGCCAAAGAGGGAGGAUCAUUUGAGUUCCGUUGUACUGUUACUGGCAAUCCGUUACCCACAGUGCAGUGGUUCAAAAAUGAUGUGUGUGUCGAUAACGUGAAAGACUACUGCAUUUCAUACAACAACGGUGAGGCCGUUCUACGAUUCGAAGAAGUAUUCUUGGAGGAUCAGGCGGUGUUCACCUGUAAAGCCACGAAUAUGGUCGGAAUAGCGCAAUGCAGUGCCGGCUUGAGCGUUCAAUCUCUACAGCCGUCGGAAAUGCCGGUAUUCCGUGUACCACUCACUAACAUUAUGGCAAGAGUUGGACAGAAGAUUAAACUUGAAUGUGAAAUUACUGGAACACCCCGGCCUCAGAUCUUUUGGAGUCACAAUGGAAAACCGUUCAGUGGACGCGAUUUUAAGUCGCAGUACGACAACGAACGUGCUACAUUGGUCAUACCAGAAGCGUUUCCCAAAGACGCUGGAGUGUAUAUUGUAACGGCAAAAAAUUUAGCUGGUGAAGCGUACAGUUCGUGUAAUGUAUCCGUCAAGGGACGAUUACCUAAUGAGACAUCCGAUUCAGAACUAGCUAGUGAUAUGGAACCGGUGAAACCGUCCGUCCAGCUGCCAUUAAAAGAUAUUAGUGUAUUCGAAGGUAAACCAGUUCGCUUAGACUGUGUCAUUGUUGCUCAACCGGAACCGGAAGUGAUUUGGUAUCACAACAAUCGGCCAGUCAAAGAAUCGGUUGAUGUUCAGUUAGUUUUUCAAGGCGAUCGCUGUUCACUGAUCAUACAAGAAGCUUAUUUGGAAGACGGUGGAGAUUAUCGGGUCGUAGCUAUUAAUUCGGCUGGUGAAGCAUCAAGCAGUUGUACAUUGUCGAUAACGCCAUUGAAUGAAUUAGAACCGGCUACGCGGUCACAGAACGAGCGAAUUCUACCAUCCGAAAUGCCACCGAAAUUCGAACGGUUGUUAAGCGACAUCCUAGCUGAUGAGGGCGAAGUGAUUGAAUUUGAGUGUUCGCUGGUUGGGGAUCCAAAACCGUUGAUCAAGUGGUAUUUGAACAAUAAAGAAAUUUUUGAAAGUGAUCGCAUUCAGUUCAAACAAAAUGAGGACGGAACGGUGAAGUUAAUCAUUCAUAACGUUACAAAUUCGGACAAAGGUGUGUACACAGUGAAAGCAUCAAAUUCUUGUGGUGAUGCCAAAUGCUUUUCGCAUUUGAUUGUGAAGUCGGUCAAUGCACCCGAAUCGUUAAAUAUCCAAAUACAACAACCGGAAAUUGAAUCACAUUUGGUGUGUCCCACGUUUAAGGAACUGUUUAAAGAUAAAACCGUUCAAAUCGACGAGCCAGCUAAAUUUGAGUGUAUCGUUGUUGGUAAGCCAACACCGAAAAUCAAGUGGUUCUUUAAUGACCAGCCUGUGGCUGGAAAGAAUUUCCUAGUCUCAACGAGCGGCGAUCGACAAGUUCUCACCAUACCAAAAGUGCUUAGUGAAACUGUUGGAAAAAUUUCAUGUGUAGCUGAAAAUGAUGUGGGAAAAGCCACCUGUGUGGCGUAUCUCAGUUUACAGGGAGAUUUCAAUGCACCGUCAUCACAACAGUCCCAAAGAUACAUCGAGGAACAUAAUACGGGGUCGUCCAACGUUACGAUCCGUAAGCAAGUGUUCACCACAACACAUACAUCGCAAAUCAAUACUUUCGACAACGCGAAUGGAAUUCCGCAGACUCAAGUCCACGCUUUCAGUUCCAAGCUGGAUCAAUCGGUGAAAAAAACCGGAGACCAAAGUCCAGAAGUUCUGGAAUCCAAACAGUUCCAAGAGUAUCGACAGAUUAACGAUCUACCGCCACAAAUGCAACAGAGGUCGAUUGUUAAUUUCAUAAAGCCAACCGGCAGCGAAACGGUACCAGAACUACCAAAGAUCGUUCGGAAAAAUAUGUCACCGAGAUUCGUUUCGCCAUUGGUUGGAAAGAUUGUGGAUCAAGGGAGUGACGUUAUGUUGGAAGCUAUAGUCGAUGGGUAUCCAGUUCCCGAUUUAGUUGUAACUAAGAAUGGAGAACCGCUGAUCCCGAGCGCAAACGUUUCUAUUGUUCAUAAGUUAAACAAAAUCAACAUCGAGCUGAGACACGUUGGUGUCGAAGAUGCUGGACGUUAUUCGUGUACAGCCUCCAAUCCAGCUGGAAGCUCUACCAGCACUGCCGACGUCGUCGUAAAAAAAUCCAUUUUCCCGCCAGUCUUUGGCCACCGACUUCAGGCACAGGUUGCAAAGAGAGGAGAACGAAUUCGUAUGGAUGUUGAAGUAUCUGGUACGCCGAGUCCUACUGUCACAUGGUUCAAAGACAAUCAACCGCUCAGCAACAAAACUGAAAGCUACAGCAUAAAACAAUCCGGAAACAAUCACACGCUUAUCAUUGAAGCUGCUCAUGUCCAGGAUGCUGGAAAGUAUAUGGUUCGUGCUGUGAAUGCUGGCGGUGAAGCGCAAAGUAUUGCCGACUUUGCAGUGAUGGAACCUACACCGGAACGAAUGGUCGAGGUGGUUAAAACGGUUGUCUUCGAUAAUGUGAAUGACAAAAAGGAGACGGGAAUCCCUAUAACAACUAAUCUUCCUAGUUCAUUCCAUUCCCCACAAUUAUCCGACUUAAACACCCACGCCACCUCAGAGCAAACAAUUAUCACAGAAACCACACACACUACCGAAGCCACUAUGCGCAUGGAACACAAGCCCGCGUAUCCUGAUAUACUAACGACACACACACAAAACACUCAAAUAGAUCACGCUCCUGUUAAAUCUCAAAGCGUCUUUGCUGACGCAUGUUUGAAGAGUCUCGAUUCGACUACGAAUGAACAACCCAUUCAAAUAUCGAAAAUAAUUACGGAAGACAAAUCGAUCGAUUCGUCAUCGAUUCCGAAAAGUGCUGCUCUCAAUUUCUUUGCCAAUAAAUUGAAAGCUGAUGAGACGGUGAUGGCCGCUAUUCCCGAAGAAAAGUACACAAAAUUCGAACAACUAAACCGACCUGCGCUCAUUAUGCCAGACACGGUGGACGGUAAAGCUAACACAAAUCCGAUGACAUUGAACAAUGAACUCGCCGGUUUGAAUUUAGUACCGGGCACACCACCAGAAAUUGGAUUCAUGCCAAAAUUGGACGAACUGAAACAUGAAAGUGUCACCGAUCAAAUAAAGAAAUUGGAAGAGACACACAUUGCCGUAAAAUUGGUGCCAGAGGUUAAACGAACCGAAACGUUUUCAAAGGAGUUCAUUCAAACGAGUCAUGUAGUAACUGAACCAAUCAUUCGGCCGCAAGCACAUCACGUGAAGGAUGAACAACCAACUGCAUUCAGAUGUGCUUCACCGAGGCCAUCAGCUGACGGUGUUGCUAUGGACAAACUUUGGUCGACGCCAAAGACUCUGCACCCAGAAAGACAUUUCGAUACAGCCAACUAUCACACAAGCAAGAACGAGUUUGCUGAGGAGAAAAGUUCGUACAACAAAUUUACCACGGUCAUCGAAUCGAAUGGAGAACCAAAAGAUCAAAAUGAACCGGUGACUACGGAACGCAAAACGUCGACUAAAGAAACUGCCAAAAUGUUCGAAGAAAAAAUUAAAGAAUUGGAAAACUCACCCAGACAUGACUACGAUUUAAAGGCACCGGGAAUGGUUCAGCAAAUUAUCCCUCGACCACAGUUGGAGCGACCAAAAUCAGUUCAAGAAUGCGCCUUACCAGACAUUUAUCUAGAGCCAGGAUCACCGCCGGAAAUAUGCUAUGCACCCAGGACGGAACGAAAAACACUUGAAAGAAAGCAUUCGUUAGUCGAAACAAUUGAGCAAGUUGUACAACAAGAAGGUCCCUCUAAAGUUCUACCUGGUUCUGUGCGAAUGGUUCCUCCACCACCAAAAAAAGAAAAGUUGAACCAGGAGGCGUUUCCAUCGAAACCAUCUAAGCCGGAACUUCCUAAGGAUACUAGUUUUCCGAUAUCUCAACCUAAGCUGCCAGAAUUAGAGGCUUUUCCAUUCACUCCAGAACCGGAGCAACCCAAACCAGAAAAGCUUCCUCCACCUCCAACGCCAUCUAAGUUCGUUCGUGUUACAUUCGCUGACAGUGAUUACAGUGACACCGAUACUAAGAUAUCGUCAAAAUGGACUCCCGGAGACAGCGAAUCAGAGGAAUGCAAAUAUGCGCCAGUACAGCCUCCGAUUGCUGCAAAUCAACGACCACAACAACAGAAUGCUGCAGCCCCAUCACCGUGUCAAUUUGAAAUUCCGAAGCAAAUUAAUGGUGAUACCCGUCCAUUGGUACAACCGGUGCAAGUAGAUACAAUUAAACACAAGCCAAAAGUAGUCAGCGGAUAUAUGGCUGACACUGAAGAAGUGUAUCACAAAAUGACUUCAUCCGAACACAAAUACGAAAGUUCGAACUCCGUACAUCACAGCAAGCAAAUGUUUGAGGCAAUGUCGAACCAACAAAAAGCUUCCUACUCCAACACAAAUCAAACACAGACAACAUCCACUCCUGUUCCUCCCACAAAACAUUACAGGCAUUACGUUCAAAAGCACGACACAAAAGAUGAAUCAUCCGGACAAUAUGAGAAGAACUUCACCACUUCUUCGCUAAUUCAGAAAAAUAUUUCGAUGAAUUCGAAAAGUAUUAAAUUCCACGAAGAACCACGGUCGGAUCCGCUUCCAUUCGUCCCAGAACCUAGUCGUCCCGUUAUGUCAGUGAAAGUGCCACCACCUCCGAGUCCGUCUAAAUUCGUCAAAGGUGAAUUCAAAGAAAGCGAUUACGAGAGUGAUUACGAUCGAAAAGUUCCGCCGGUUUGGCGACCAUCGAAUGAUUCAGAUUCGGAACCGAUGUACUAUAAGCCAAUACGACCGAUUCUAACGCCAACAGGACGCCAAUCUAAAUUGUCAGAUGGGAAAUCUCCCAUUCCACCGACGGAAUUUGAAAAUCCUUUACAAUUCGAAGGACCACCACGUCCCAAAUUUGAACCAAUCGAUAAGCCCAAAACAAAUUUUGUUAAAGCUGAACCAACUGCGAAGCCUGCUGCUCAGCAACAACUUUUCAAGCCGAAACCAGUUGCUGCACGACCAGUUCAACAACCAGCCUAUCAACAGCAACCCAAUCAAUAUCCGAAACAACCAUGCAGAUAUUAUACAGCUGUUGCUGGACCACCUCAACAUAUUGCUGCAGAAACAUCGAACACGAUGCACAUGAGCGAAUCCACUGAAUCAUCUCAUCGCGUUGUUAACAUGUCCCAAACAAAGAGAAUCAUUCAAUUUGAUGCAAGGAAAAGUGAAUUCGAACAAAAAUUGGAACCUUUCCCAUAUUCACCCGACCAACCUAGUUAUACGCAACGUCCAAAUCGUCUUCCUCCACCGCCAACACCUACCAAAUUUGUUCCAGCCGAAUUUCGUGAGAGCGAUUACGAAAGUGAAGUAGAAGCUGCACGAAUACGUCCGGUAUGGACACCAAAUCCAUCCGACAGUGAUGAGCCACAAUAUCGCAGAGUUAGUGCACCGCAACAAUAUCGAUCAGCCAGUGUGCCAAGAUCAUACGGCCAUAGUCGUGUUUUAACGCCCAUGGAAUUCGAUACCAAGCCCAUUGAAAUGCCCAGAAAAAUUGUGAUUGAAACAUCCGGCCCGAGAACGAUUAACAAAACUCAAACACUGGACCGAUAUUCGUCGAAGAAAAGCCAUUUCAACCAGUCGUCAACUAGGGAUGACAUCGAAUUAAAGCCAUCUUCACCGCCAAAAUACGGUUUCAUUCCGGGCCAAAUGGUUAAUCAAGCCGAACAGCAUAUGUACGACAUGAAUUCAACGUUUAAAACGAAGGCUCAACAGUUUGUUUCUGAUGUUGUUCGAGACACACAGACACCGAACAUACGACCAAUAUUGAAGAAAGAUGGUAACGAAGGAGACAAGCCGCAAAUCUAUCGUGAGGAUUCGAGAGUUUCGCAGUAUGGAACGAAACACAUCGAUCCGAACACUGGUCUCAUUUAUUUCAAAUACGAUUUUGGCUACGAAUUCGGCAUAAUAUUCCCGGGCCAGGGGAAAAAAAUUAUUGGCGGUACAAGACACAUAACUCACGAUACAUCACUGAACAGUAGUAAACCAUUUCAUGCAUCUGCCAGUGACAUAAAUAUCCCGGUUGUCCAUGAGCGGACAGCGGCUGGGAAUAGUAGUAAUAAUGGAUAUUCGCCACCGCAUGAAUAUUUAAAUACAAACGAUCCAAAACGAAAGAGGCUUAGUUUGCCGGCUGAAAUAGACGUUGAUAACUUAACCAGAAGUACGCCAGAUCGAAUAACACCAAACUUUAAGCGAGAACAAUCAUGGAAUGGCAGAGCGACCACACCCAUCACAAAUUAUGGAUCGAGCCAAGAUCAGGUUCCGAAGCGACCGCCAGUGUUUAUAACACCCCUGAAAGAUAUUGCAGUGGUGAAUGGAAAUAGCGCCCGUUUCGAAUGUAUCGUACAAUGUGAUCCGUAUCCGAAUAUUUCGUGGUCACGAAAUGGUGUUCCACUAAAUCAAAGUCCAAAACACGUAAUCGAGUUCCGAAAUGGUGUUUGUCGAUUAACGAUACCCCAGGCUUUUACAGGGGAUGCUGGCACAUACACAUGUACCGGUUCGAAUAAUAUUGGAACCGUUGCAACAUCAGCUGAGCUUUUAAUACCCAGUGAUCAAUGGGGAUCUAGGAAAUAAAUUAUCGUGUGCUUUUAUUACCGCGUAAGAUUAUAUGUUUUUUCCGUUUCUUUAUUUGCUUUAAAUGUCUACAGACUACGACAAUAAAUUGUUAUGGGAUUGCACGAGCAAGGAAUUAUUAUCACAGAAAAAUUUUAUUUUAUUAUCCCGACAUUCAGUCAUCACUUGAAAUUUUACAUUAAACUAUGUUUGAUUUUUGUUGUGUAAUUUUUAUUUUGAAGAAAAUAUAUGAAGUGCUAAAACUAUAAA